AUGGCGACUCCGAAACGAAAGCGUACACCCACUAAGGACACUUCCAGCAAGCGACCCAGAUAUACACAGCCAGUUACCAGCAGUCUUGACAGUCAAGAAGAGUGGGAAGCACUGCGCAUACUUGCGCAAAGUGGUCAAGGAUUUGGUUUGCGAUACCUCGUCGACUGGUCGGGCAUUGAUCCUGCGACUGGGAAGCAGUGGGAACCAACCUGGGUUAAGGCUACAGCCGCCAGUGAGAGUCUGCGUGCAGCUUGGAGAGAGGAACAGAGUACGCUGGCCCAAGAAGAGAGCCGGGCUCGAAGUACUUCGCAGCCACGCCCAGAGUCGCAGCCACGACGCUCACGAGGAAGGCCACGAAAGCACAUCGUUGCGAGCCCAGAAUCAUCUUCAUCGGCAUUUCAAGUGGAAUCAUCAGCCAAGACUGGACAGAGUGAGGCUGCAGCAAUAUCUUCAAGUUCGACGGCUUCUUACAUUAGUGUUCUCAGACCGGACGGGACAUCUCCACAAAUUGCCGUCGACUCGCGCGGGGACAGCUUCAAUCGCGGCGAGUACGAGCUGCACUUAGAAAUACCAGAGUCGCAACCUUCAUCAGAAUCGAGAACCGCCGAUACUGAUCUAGAGAGCUCGCAGCUGUUCGCAUCACAACCUCCCUUUCGUGCUUCAGGUAUCGUUCCAGACACGCAAAACUCUGCUGAGGACGCUAGCUACAUCCCAGUCACUCAAGAAGAGCUUGAAUCGAGCGUCUAUUCCAGCUCUGCUGAGGAGUCUGAUGAACACCUCAUUGGUUAUUCGGGUCUACUGAACAGAGACGGACCUGCAACGCUAGACGCACGCGCUCAGUCCCCUGCAACAUCCAUUGCCGAAACUGUAGCAGAAAUUCCCCAAGAUUCAUACAGCGAACGCCAACUCGAGAGCCAGCAAGAGGAACCAGAAAUCUCAGAAACUUUAGUGACACCGUUGCCAACUAUAGGAACCGAUUUCACGUCUGCACAAAAGACAUUUUCCGGCGAGAAGCAGUCUGAUACUAUUCCUACAGAUUUGCACAGUCGAGAGAAUCAACAAGAAAGCGAGUCUCACGCCGCCUUGGUUGAGAGCGCCCCGCAAUCUCCUACUCAAGGGCUGCAGCAGCCGAUCGGGGAUAUAGCAGAGAUUACUGUGCAGUUUGAAGAAGAGGUCGAACCUGCAGACAACGCCACAAGACCAGCCCUGAGCUCGACGAAGCUAGAGCUGCAGUCAGAGCUUCUUGUCGUUGCAGACACGCCCCAGAUCUCUCAGGUUGCAACCUCGGUUCAAGAAAGCAGUACCCAAAGGGAGCCUCAACAUUCUGCGCUCUAUUCUGAACCUCUUUCGACUGGAUCUCGCGAACACAACGCGCAGUUCAUUUUCUCCAGCGCGUUUGCGGAUACUGAAAGAAUCACUACUGAAAGUGUUUCUGCCACUUUAGUGUCGGAUCUGAUAGCAGCGCGCAGAUCGAAACACAGCGGCUCCAUUUCACGACACGACUCAUCACAAGAGUUUCCAGAGCGUCUGUCGCAGUCAGCUGUGAACAGCUCUUCGCCGGUACCACACCCACCGAGCUACUCGCUAAGAACGCUAGACUCCAACGUUCCAGCUAGACCAGCUACUCCGAUACUCAACUCAUCGUCAUCCAGGAUGGCAGGAGACACGACAGAGAGUGCGGGAGACUUGGCCGAGCGACGUCUCAGAGAAAGCCAGGCGUUGAGAAAUGCCAACAAUCCAUACGUUCCCCGAAAGCUUACCAGACUUUCGCAAGCACCGCUGGGACCUGGCAGGCCACCUGUUCCGCCAGCCAUCAAUGUCUCAGCGGAAGGCACAAGGUCGCCAUCAACAGUGCCGGAUCGGUCGCCUGCACCUCCUGUCCAGACAUCCUUGCGGACUGUAGCGUUCGCAAACGCUAAAGACAAUGCCACGGAGUCCUUGCUCAAUAAUCCGCUUGCUGCGACAUGCUCGAACACGAAUGCAGGACCAACGCAAGAAAAGGCUGACCUUGUAGCUGCACGACCGGAUGAUAACGAUCAUGACGUCGUGUCUGAUGAUGAUGAUGAAAACGAAUACCAUGAAGAAUUGCAUCUUGAAAGAGAAGAGUAUAUUGUACCUCUUUAUAUCGAUGGGCGGCAGAAAAACUCAUACAUCGAAUAUAUAGAGCGAAAGACUGACCUACUCAAUGCGGUCUUAGAGUCAGAGGGGGAUCUUGCUUCGGACAUGAUUGAUGGGGCGGAACAGGUCUUGACCCAUCUGAGGAAUCUGGAGACCCAUCCGGAUUUGACUUACGCUGAGGCAGAGUCUGCGACGACUAACCCUGACUCGCGCUCUCGAGCAGAUGUCCAACACGGAGCCCGGUUUGGUAUCGACAACUCAGUCAAGUUCAGGUUUCUGGGCGAGCUGUUCGACCAAUUACGCGAACACAGCAUGCAUGUCGUGCUCCUUCUGGACCAAGCUGACACUGCGCUGAUCAACAUCUUGCGGACCUUCCUGGAAGCUGCAGCCCAUAACUACCACAUGCCUCUUGAAGGAUAUACGUCGAAUGUGUCAGAUGACACACUUAGAAUCACUGUUAUUCCAAGGACCCCCUCACUUCUUUUGCAACGCGCUGAUCUUGCAAUCUGCUUGAACGGUGUUCAGAGUGCUUCGAAUAUUCGGCAGAAUGACUGGGCUAGGGAAUCAGGAAAUAUCAUGCCUGUGCUCCACUUAGUUAUUCCACGGACGAUCGGGCAUAUUGAGCGCUAUUUUCCGCCGAAUGUCUCAGAAAGCCAUCGUAUCGUGGAAAUAUUGACAGCGCUCGGUCAGCUCGAGGAGAGCGGUGAAAUUGGCAACCAGAUCGAUAUAGAUACGCCAGAUGCUGUAGAGGCGGCAACGUUGGUUGCCUCUUGGCUAACGUCUGGCGAUGGUCAAGCCAGCACUGAGUGGCCUCUGCCUUCCAUUGGUAGUAGCAGCGAAUUUCUCGAUUUUGGUGCAACACAACAAUCUACGAGAUCGACAGCCUCGUCUCCAGUCCCUGAGCGGACGAAGCGUCCUUUAGAGACAGACGACUCUGAUACGGCAAAGCGCAUACGCUACACCCCACUAGCACAUGUAGACUCGCAAUCUGGCGGAGGCCGGGAAACUGAAAUAACACAUGUAAGCGACUCAAUGCCUGGUUCUCGUGCUAUGGAGAAAUCGCACUUGGCGACGUCCCUAGAGCGAAUAAAGUCCGAGCUCCUUCAGGAACGAAGGGAACGCCGUGAAGAGCAGGUCAUGUGGAACAGGCAGCAGACCGAGCACGAGAACCGACAGCAGCAGUACCGGAAGCUUUUCAAUGAGAAAACCGAAGUCGAGCGAUCUCGCGAAAGCGUGACCAAAGAUUGCGAUAGAGUGCGCUCUCAACUUGUUGCCCAAGCCAACGAGAUGCGGACCCUCCGCGAAGAACUCGACGCGCAACGAAACCUCAGCCUUGCCUCAGAUAACGACAAGGAUGUUGAGGUCACACGUCUGCGCAAAGAACUUGAAGCCAUCACUGCUGAGCGGAACAAACUGGCCAACAAGGUCAAGUCCAACGACGACACUCUCGAAUACACCAAAGAGGGGUACCGUGAAGCUUCGAAUAAAGCAGGCCAACUACAAACCAAAAACACGGCUCUCGAGAAAGAGAACGAAAAACUCAAGCGGCAAGUCUCCGGCGACUCCGUUAAGCUCAAGCGAAUGCAUCUCGACAAGAGCGCGGAGAACAUCAGACUGCAGUACGCCAAUCUCCAAGAAGAGCACAACGUCGUGAAGGCGCUGCUCCGACAGAAAGAGGAGGAGCUCAUCAGAGCCAAGAACAACAGCGGUAGGUCUGCCUACGGAACACGAGGCCAGAGCACAACGCCACAACCGAAAACCAGAUCACGCGCUGCAAGUCCGACGCGCCCGCCUCGCGGAGGUGGCCGUAUCUCGAAUCUCGUGGCGGAAGAGAGGUAGCAUCUCCCCGCUGGUCUCGGCGCGCACGAUGAGCAGAUGCAGCGCAAUGUUCAGCGGCUCGAGAAACGGUGGAGAGAGAAGCGACAAGGGAACAGACUGGAGUUUGGUAUGUCUGAGGACGAUGAUGAAGAUGGGGAGUAUCGGGGGCGAAGGCCGGGGAGGACAGCCAGACGAGGAUGAUACGAAUAUGACGGCCAUUGACUUUGACGGUUUGGCAUUAGCUUGGUGUUAUGUUGGAUGUACCAGCUCUACUAGAUACACAACCGGCGUUGGAAUCUAAGAACACUGCGUACUUGCAGUUCACCUGUACAUAGUGGUAUCGACCUGUCCAUUUCCCCCUACAUCCUCACAUACCACCACA